AUGAGUGCGAUGACCGAAGAGCAGAUGGACUUCGAGUCCCGCGCCUGGGAAAGCGCCAGAGAGCAAUUGCGGAAAAAAUACCAGGAUGCUGAUGCUAGAGGUGUCGAUGCUUUUCUCUCGACUAGGACGACAAUAGACGAAACAAAACAAGCGUGUCAAGAAAUGGGGAAAGCUGCUAGCCAGCAAUAUCAGAAUGUUGUCAAACAAAUACUGGAGAAAAUAGACUUGUUCAUGAAAGCAGGAGACGUUGCGGUGAAAUCGGCUCCAGAAAGUAUUGGGCUGGCGUGGACAGGGGUCAGGCUGUGUUUCCAUUCGUUUCAAGACGAUUUCAAGACGUUUAGUCUUUUCGGCGGAGCAACUCUCGACAUUGUUGGCAUCUUCAUCUCUUGUCGCGCUUAUUGGAGGUUGAUCGGUGUCCAACGUGGCCUUGCUCAAUCCUUGGAAUUGCAUCAACAUGUGGAAACUUUGAUCACCGACACCUAUCAGCAAGUUGCUGAUUUCUCCUAUAAUAUGUGGAAAGAAUUCAAGACGCCAAAAAUACUUCGGAUCGUCAAGGGCGUCUUGAGAUCUAACAGCUCCAAGUUUGAGGGACUCUUGGCUUCUAUCAAAGAAGCCCAAAAGCGAAUGGGUGGGUAUGCUCAGCAAGCGGUCACACUCCUUAUCGACCGUAAGCUCGACAUGAGCCAGGAAGAUCUUCAGAAAAUCCAAGAAAUGUUGAAGUCCUCCACAGAUAUACAAACCGAAAUCAAGGAGGAGUUAGAGAGACAGAAGAACAGGUCACCGUUCGGUAACGUGUCCCCUUCAAAAACGAACGUGCAAGGUGCUCAUGUCUUUUCAGAUUUGGCACGAGACCAAUUCGAAGCUAAUAUGAAUUAUUUGAAUGUCUCGUAUAGUCGAGAGAUCCAAAAAACGGCGUUGGACAGAAAGGAAUGUACACCAGGCACUUGCAAUUGGAUCUUCGACUUGGAAGAAUAUGGUAACUGGCACAACGCUCGUGGAAGCAGUCUACUUUGGGUGUCUGGCGGCGGCGGUUUUGGAAAGUCAUUUCUCAUGUCAUCCGUCAUUCGAAGGCUUCAAGCAGAAAUGAAGCAGCCCGAAGACCUGAAGCAGCAGCGGGAAGAAAAGGAUAAGAGGGAGGAUUCGGCCUUGUGUUACUUUCUGUGCAACCGCGGCAAUGAAGCUUCUCGGUCGACGGAAAAGAUUCUUGACUAUGUUCUUGUUCAGCUCUACGAACAUGUGACUCCCGACAGCAAGCCUUCCCUAGACAGGCUCGAUAAGGCAAACCAGGCAGUCGCAAACUAUCUUGUGAAAGCGCGCGACUCGAAAGCGGAGCCUAGUGAAUCAAAGAAAUCCAUUGGGAGGGAAAAGGGCUUCGCAUCUUUCCAGGCUUCUGCUUUCGAGGAAGCAUACAUUGCGCUAGCCGAAGCUGUCAAAAAGGAAGCUUAUGUUGUGAUCGAUGCUUUGGAUGAAUGUGAUGAUAGAGAAGAGCAAGGUUUUAUUGACUUGGUCUUGAAACUGGCUACGUCAACACGGGCCAAGGUCAAGAUAUUAAUCUGCAGCAGGAGAGAGGACGACAUAAAUCAGAGUCUCGACAAUGAGAAAGUCUCUCAUAUCAUGGUUGAAGACAACAAUGGACCAGACGUCAAGAGGUUUGUCGAGUCUGAAUUAAGCACCUGUGUUGGCUGGACAAAACUCGAACGUGAACUUGCCGCAAAAGUGAUCAUCGAAAAGGCGAAGUCAUGGUUCAAAUACGUCGACCUUGUGAUGAGCAUCCUUCGUCAGCCCUGGCAGCGACCGCUAUCAAAGAAGCUGGAGGAUCUUCCUGAAGGCCUUCAUGACAUGUACGUCGAAGUGCUUCACAAAACGGAUCCUAGCUAUCGGCAGUUCCUGGAAACCUUCCUCACUUGGACGAUUCUGGCUCCUCGGAAAGUGACGGCGACUGAGAUCGUUGACGCCUACACUGAGAUAUACAUCAAUGGAAACCAGGAGGAGGACAUUCAAGGACUAGACUCCCGGGAUAAGGACAUCCCUUUCCGGGACCAGAUCACGAAGGUUGGUGGGGCCUUGAUCAAGGUCGAUUGGCACACCAAGGUUGUCAGUCUAAGCCACGAGACCGUCAAAGAGGCGUUCCUGAGGACUGAAGAGGUGGAAAUCGAGCCAACAAUUUGCAAGGAAUGUGGUACGCGCAAGUCCAUCCAGCAGCAUCGCUGGACUCUGAGUUCCAGAAUGGGCAACUUUGAGAUGACCAGGGUAAUCUUCAAACAUCUCAAUUCUCCACUCUUCUAUCGAAUGCAUAUGCAGCCGGAAUAUGAUACUCAGUCUGAGAGUGAUUCCAAUAGUGAGUAUAUGGAAAACGAAGAUGAAUCUCAGGCCGGGAAUGGCGAGGGCAGAGAUGAAGUUGAGGUGGGGAAGAACGAAGACAAAGUUGAAGAUGAAGUCAUAGUCGAGGAAGAAAAGGAGGUAGAUUCUGAGAAGGGAGAUGAAGAAGCCAAAGACGGGGAGAACGAAAAGGAUAGCAAGACUUCUGCUGAUACCCUCAUCAACAAUGCCAAGGAAAGUGAUGGCGACGAUGGUUCAGUGGAUCGACAACAAGAAGACAGCACCGUGACGGAAAUCAGAAAACUGGAUUCGCCUCCUACCAACGGAGAGGACAAUGCUAUAGAGAUAACCACUAUCCCAACGAGUGGAGGACCAUCAGAACUGUAUUAUCUUGCCGUUGGCCCUGAUGAUGAUGAUGAUGAUGAUGCAAAGAGCACCAACAAUUCCGAUGUCAACGAUCAUAUCUCAUCUUCAACGUUGGACGGCGAAGAAAGCAUGGACGAGACAACCGACGCCGAUAGCGAUGACGAAACGCCGCAGAACCUCGAAAUUGACGCUCCGGCCCCAACUGACUCAAACCAGCGAUAUGAGAUCGUGAAUUGCAUCUACCACCUCCAAAAGGUCCUUGAACAAGGAUCCCCGAAAAAGGAGAAGUGGGACCAGCUGUGGAACGAUAUUGAGAAUUACUUCAGAGCUGGAUCUCGAAAAUUCAAGUCGUGGAUCCAUAUAGAGGCAGGCCGCCCUGAUUCAGCGCUAUACGCGUAUGGUGCAUAUGGAGUCAGCCCGUUGCAUGUUGCGGCUGCUUACGGCUUGGUUCCGCUCGUCGAACGACUCAUCAAACGUGGAGACAGGGUGAACGCCACAACCUUGUAUGGGCAGACACCUCUUCACUAUGCGGCGCGAUUACCAAAGGGAAAGGCGAAACAGGACUUGUGUCGCCAUUUGCUCCAACAGAGAAAAGUUGAUGCAAACUUUCAAUAUACGGAUAAUGACUCUGGGGCUCAAACUGCGUUUCACAUUUUACUCACUGUUGACCCCAGCAUUGAGUCCGUUCAGCUGUUCUUGGAGAAUAGGGCCAAUCCAGAUGUGCAGAGCAACUACCAAGGAUGGUCGGCUCUGCAUUAUUUUGCAACGUAUGGAGAAGAUGUGCAAGUUUUGGACGCGCUCAUCAAGAAGAGAGCAGAUAUCAACGCGCAAGACAGAGAGGGGGAAACUCCUCUACAUAUGUUGGUCCGCCGCCCUAAACUUGAUCCUAUGCUUCUGAGAGCAUUCAUCGACAAGGAAGCCGAUGUCAACCAGAACGACAAAGACAAUCAACAACCGCUUUUCGAGGUCGCUUCUAGCGGGAACAAAGAGUCGAUGGGAAUAAUUCUUGGUGCAAAUCCUGACGUACACCAUCAAGACCGCUAUGGAAUGACCGCCCUCCACAACGCUGCGUUGAACGGUUUCUCCGAAGGAGUAAGCAUGCUGAUAGAGAAAGACGCCAACCCAACGUGUUUGGAUGACCUAGGACGAAGCCCAUUCUUCUUGGCGUGUGAAAAGGGAGAUCUCAGGACGGUGGAAUUUUUGGCAGCAACAUUGAAAGAACGGGAUCCUUCCUAUCUGGAUAAGCCGAGUUCGGCGGGAAAAACUCCGCUGCGAAGGGCCGCAACGAAAGGCCAUGCAUUGGUUGUGGAAAAGAUAUUAACGCAGUAUGGAGAGCAUGUGAACAUCAACGCCGUCGACGAGAAACUCCGACGAACCGCUUUACAUGUCGCUGCGUUGUUGGGCUUCAGUUCUGUUGUCCAGGCUUUAUUAAACCACCAAGCCAGGUCCGAUGUCAAAGACCGAAUGUCUCACACGCCUCUUACCUUGUGCUGUAAAGCUUGGUCCGACCUAAACUCUGCGGACUUGGAGCCGGUGAUACUGUUACUUAUUGACAACGAUGAGGAUGCAGCUCGUGCAGACGCGGAGCUGCUGAACACAGCAAUAAUGUGCGGCAGCGUACGGGUGGUCAAGAAACUUCGACAGUUGGACGUUGACGUGACUCGACGUGAUGAGAGUGGCUGGACGGCACUCGAACUUGCGCGUCAGUACAAGAACUAUAACAUUCAGCAACUUUUAUCCACCGAGGGAGUGACGGUUGGGAAACGUCCAUGCCGAUGGGUCGGUUCGAAAAAAAGUCACAAAUUGGUGGAAAUCCUUGACGAUGGGCUCACACUUAGAUAUCAUUCAGAUAAGGAAGUUCGAUGCUCCUUUUUGAGUGACCAUCCUAUUCCAUCGGGAACACACAAGUAUUACUUCGAGGUCUCAGUUGACGAAGCAGCAGUCGAGGAAUCUGAAAGCGGCCUGAUCGUGGCCCUCGGCCUAAGCCACCGUCAGGACAAGCUCGUCGGCCGACUUCCAGGACUGAUUGACUUUGGGAGGCAGAGCUGGGCAUUUCACGGCGACGAUGGGACCCUGUACCAGUCGUCGAACCGUGAAGGGAACGGAUCUUUUUCCAACAAUAAGUUCGGUUUCGGCGAUACCAUUGGCUGCGGGGUUGAUCUCGACAAAGACGAAGCCUUCUACACGGUCAACGGCAAAAGGAUAAUGAAAACGGCCUUCAGCGAUCUUUAUGGACGGAUUUAUCUAGCAGUGGCGUUGAACAGGAAAGCGAUUGUUCGGACUAAUUUUGGGUCACAAGCAUUCAAGUGGGAACCUGCUAAUCAGUCUCCUAUGGAUUUUGAAGCAGAUCUCCCUGCAGACGAACACAACAAGCUGGAACAGGAGUAA